AUGUUAGUACCAUUAAGACAACUGGAACUUCGUCGAACACAUGACAAGCUAGAAAUAAUAUCUGUUCUUCAGGAAAUUCCUCCAGUAACUCAAUCACGUAAUGCAAUAUUAAUUGGAUCCCGUGCUGUUAUUAAGUUUUUGCCCAACUAUCGAGAUGAAAACAACAAACAUAUAGAUUGGGAUAUUAUCAGUUCCCCAACAUAUUUAUUAGAAUGGCUACGCAAACAUGAUGAAAUGAUUAACAGCAUUGAAAUGAUCAUUCCGACUUUAAAUGGUGAUACAUUAGAUUUAUAUGUCCAUUGUUCUCUUAAGAACGAUAUAAUAUUUGAUUUUGCCGUUUCACGAUCGCCAACAUCAUACACAACCUAUAUACUGAAUAACUUGAACAGUUGGUAUGAAUCAAUGGUACGAUGGUAUGGAAAACAUGAUCAGCUGUUCUACGCUUCGAAAAAGCUUUUGUUAAUAUUAAAAAAAUAUAUGCUCUACUAUCCACAUCAAUGGGAAAAAACAGCCAAAGACUAUCGACACUUACUUUCCAUUACCGAUCCAGUUGAUGAAGGUGAUAAAGAGCUAUGCGAUUUAUUUAUUCGUUAUAAUGAAAAAUUACAUGGUGAGCGUUCGCCAGAUAAAGCUGAGUUCGUUAUGACUCCUCAAGAUAGUAAACAAGAUAUAGUUAUUAAUCGAAACAAAUUUUUCCAGUACACAAAAGACGAACAAAUAGUAUGUGUUUAUCAAGCAGCUAGUAGCAUGUCUAUUGAUAGUAAUAUUCUCAUGGGAUUAGAGCAUAUUUGCACUAAGAGUCCACCAUGGCUAGCUAAUUUUGUUAUCGAUAAUUGGAUAGAUAUUCUGAACGAGAAAUACAAACAAAAGCGUCCAUUGGCACGUUCAUGUAUCCAGUUCGAAAUUCAUAAUUAUCGUUUAUUUCAACAGUUACCUGGGUUUGUAACAAAAAAGAUUCUCCUAAAUAUCACUGAUCCACUGGAUUUUUAUUCCAUGAAAUCUGUGUGUAAAAAUUGGUAUAUAAUUAUAAAUCAACAAUCAUUUUGGCGAGUCAUGUAUUUAGCUCGUUAUGGACAGUAUGCUGGAGAUAUUAACACAGUAACAAGUUGGAAACUGUUGUUUUUAAUAAAGUUGAAAAACGAGACUGAGAAUGAGUCAAUUUACUUCGAGCAGUUAGUUGAUGUCACCAUUCAAUUGAGUGAAACCACAGCAAACGACGUCUUACGCUUAUGGGAAGAUUUUACACAUGAAAAUCAAUCCGUUCAUCCUGAUAUUGUUUCUCAAAUUAAUUAUAUUUUCUCUCAUUCUUAUUACUUUUAUAUGAAUGAAACAUCAAAUUACUAUUCCGUUAAACUUGUCCUCAUUGGAUUAUAUCAUCCACGAUCACAAUCAAUAGCAACUUUAAAUCUACGUGUAGGCGCGUAUGGAUCUUCGUAUUUUACUGAUCACAUGGAAGAAUUGUCAAUUAAAUGCAACAAAGAUUCAGAUGAUUCUUGUUACUUGUCAUUUAUGGGUCCAGAGUUGUUUGGAUUCGACAUGGGAGAGCGUUUUUAUUAUCGUACAGAACGGGGCACUCUUUUAACAUCCACUCCCAGCGAAAUUUGUCCUGCACUUCCGUCGGGUAUUGCUUUAUGUCUAUUCACUAUGAUGGUUCAUCCAGCUCAUCGUGCACAAUUUAUUUCGUAUUUGAGAAAAUGUGAAAGUAACUGCCGUUCCAAAUCAUUGUACUAA